AUGACGCUCCUGUCAAAAGUAUCCAACGAAGCCGUCAAUGAUAAUCUGCACAAGCGAUUUCAAAAUGCAGAGAUUUAUGUGAGCCGGUGGCGGGGGCAUGGGGCAUGGGGCAUGGGGCAUGUAUGCGCUUUCUCUUCGCGCACCUCCUGCUGACACUGUUUGCGCCUCGCUCCACGCUCCUCGCUCCUCACGCCUGCUGGCAUGAUUCGCGCACCAGACGUACAUUGGCAAUGUGCUCAUCUCUGUCAAUCCUUUCAGAGACCUGGGCAUCUAUGGCCAAGACACGCUGUCAUCCUAUCGAGGCAAAAACAGGUUGGAAAUGUCGCCGCACGUGUUUGCCAUUGCAGAGUCUGCUUAUUACAACAUGCAAGCAUACAAGGAGAAUCAGUGCGUCAUCAUCACCGGAGAGAGCGGCGCUGGAAAGACGGAAGCUGCAAAGCGCAUCAUGCAGUACAUUGCUGCCGUCAGCGCAGAGGGGGCGCGCGAUAUCCAAGACAUCAAGGAGAUGGUGCUGGCUACCAACCCGCUGCUCGAAAGCUUUGGAUGCGCAAAGACGCUUAGAAACAACAACUCGAGUAGGCACGUGAGUGACCGCUCGCUCUUAUUCAUUGCACCAAAAAAGUCCUGCCAUUCUGACGCGCGAGCGCGCAUUUGCAGGGCAAAUUCUUGGAGAUCAUGCACGACGAGCAAGGCGCACCGACUGGAGCUUCGAUUCGAAACUUUUUGCUCGAAAAGGUGAGUCCUGAUGUGGCGGCCGCGUCAAUCGAGUGAUCUGAUUUUCGUCUUCUGCGACCUCCCCCCCAGAGCCGAGUGGUCGGGCAAAUCCGAGACGAGCGCAACUUUCACAUCUUUUACCAACUGACAAAGGGAGCCAACGACUCUCAGAGGGAAUACUUUGGCAUUCAAGGACCCGAAGCGUACGCAUAUACGAGCAAGUCGAAAUGUCUGGACGUGCAGGGCAUCAACGAUGUGGCCGAUUUCAACAGCACCCUAGACGCCAUGAACACCAUCGGACUGACGGGUGAGGAGCAAAAUGACAUUAUCCGCAUGCUCGCUUCCAUCCUCUGGCUCGGCAAUGCCGUCUUUGUGAGUCUCGUCUGCUCGCGCGCACACACACACAAACCCCCUACUGACCCGCCCGCGCGACCGCAAGAGGGAAAACGCGCAAGGCAAUGCGGAAAUAAGCGAUCCGGGCGUGCCAGACUUUGUGGCCUACUUGCUGGAGGUGGACUCGGCUGCAGUGACGAAAGCGCUGACGGAAAAGAUUGUCGAAACGCAAAGAGGCGUGGGCAGAAGAGGUUCCGUGUACGAGUCGCCUCUCAACCCCGCACAAGCUGGAGCUGUGCGAGAUGCUUUGGCAAAGGCCAUCUACAACAAUCUCUUCGAUUGGCUGGUGGCCAGGAUCAAUACCAGUAUGGCCCCUCGUGGUGCAGUGUCCAACAUGAUUGGCAUUCUGGACAUGUGAGUGGGCGCACGCGACGUGCAAGCGUUCCGUGCGCAAGCACCGCUGAUCGAGCUUGCGCGCCCACGCACGCAGCUACGGAUUCGAGAUCUUCGAGCAAAAUUCGUUUGAACAGUUGUGCAUGUGAGUGUGCAGGAGCGCUCAUCCACACGAUUCGCACGGCUCAUCCCCUGCGCCUCGCCGUCUGCAGCAACUUUGUCAACGAAAAGCUGCAGCAAAUCUUCAUCGCCCUGGUGCUGCGCAAGGAGCAAGAGUGAGUGGUUGCAGACCGCACUCGCCUUGAUCCCGCCCCGAUUCCGCCCCGGUGCUCAUCGCCCCCCAUCCCACGACAGAGAAUACGACGCCGAACAAAUCCAAUGGAAGCCCAUUCCAUACUUUGACAAUGCGAUCGUCUGCGAAUUGAUAGAAGGCGUACGACCAAAGCCAGGGAUCUUUGCCACGCUCAACGACGCUGGUGCCACUGCGCAUGCGGACCCCGCUGCAGCAGACAACGCCUUUAUGCAGAGAGCAAGCGCGCUCACCUCGAAUCCGCGCUUUGAAGCUAGGGGAGCUCGCUUCACCAUCAGGCACUACGCUGGAGACGUGAGCUACACUAUAGGCGGUCUGGCCGAGAAGAACAGAGAUGCUCUUGCCAAGGACAUUCUCGACUUGGUCGACACAUCCAGCAACGGCUUUUUGAGAAGUCUCUUCUCUGAGCGCCCUGAUCCAAACAGCAAAAAGAGACCGCCUACUGCUGGUGACCGCAUCAAGGCCAGCGCCACCGACCUUGUUGACACUCUCAUGAAAGCCGAGCCGCACUAUAUUCGGACGAUCAAGCCAAACGAGACAAAGAGUCCAAAGGAUUAUGAUACUGCUCGCGUGCUCGAACAAGCCGUCUACCUCGCUCUUGCUGGUAAGUCUCUGCCGCCCAGUCUCUUGCAGGCACUCUCUUCCUCAUAUUCGCAUCUCCUCUUCCCUCCCAGAAAACAUUCGCGUCCGUCGCGCAGGGUUUGCAUACAGAUCCACUUUCGAGAGACUGGUCGAGCGCUUCUACCUGCUGUCGCCUGCCACUUCCUAUGCCGGCGAGUACACUUGGCAAGGAGACGCGCGGAGUGGUUGCGAGCGCAUCCUGACAGACACUGGCAUAGCCAACGAAGAAUGGCAAAUGGGCGUCACAAAGGCUUUCAUCAAGAGCCCCGAGACGCUAUUCGCUCUCGAAAAGAUGAGAACAGAGUACUGGAACAACAAGGCUCGCAUGAUUCAGAGGGCCUUUCGUAACUACAUGAGGUACAAGAACGAGUGUGCGCGGAGGAUUCAGCGCGUGUGGCGCACCCAAGCAUCGAGACUUGCCCUGGUGCAGCUACGAGAUUACGGUCACCAGAUGCUCGCAAGCCGAAAGGAGCGCAGACGUUUCAGCCUCAUCAGCAUGCGUCGAUUCACUGGUGAUUAUCUGGACAUCGGCGGCAGCAGCGCCGAGGGUGAGAUGCUCAAGAGGGCGUCGGGCAUGGCGAGCACCGAAGAUGUAGCUUUCUCUGCGCGCGUCCAUAUUCUCGUCUCCCGCCUUGGUCGAUCCAGCAAACCCUCGCCGCGCUUCUUUGUCCUGACGGACAAGGCGGCAUACUUUCUCGUCACUCAGCUUGUUAACAAACAACCGCAAACGACUUGCGAAAGGCGCAUCGUACUUGGCAGCAUCCAAUCCGUUGGGCUUUCCGCUCUUCGCGAUGACUGGAUCGUAUUCAACGUAUCCGGCACACCGGAGCCCGAUCCCGUAUUUCAUACGCACUUCAAGACCGAGCUCACCACGCACCUUUUGCAGCGCACUUCGGGUGCCGUCAAUGUGAUCGUAUCGAACGCGCUGGAGCACUCGACGGGCAAAGACAAAAAAAAGAUUGUCAAGUUUCAAAAGGAUGAGGCGGUGCAGCGAGAGGACGUGUACAAGAGCUCUACUGUGACGGUCGCUUCAGGAGAGGCACCCAGCAGUCUGAGCAAGCCACCUGCCAAAAAGAAACCCGGCUUGGUCAGACCGAUCACGUCUGGCAAGCUGCUUCGAGCCGGCGGGCCGUCGAAUGCCAACCGCGUGGCCAAACCUCGCGCUGUGCCGAGGCCGACACCUACGCCAGCGACGCUUCCCAGUGGCAGAAAAGCGGCGGCGCCAGCUGCACCUGCUGGCAUCCCCACAACGAACGGCUCCUCGAACAGAGCCGCGGCCCCCAAACGCGCAUCGGUUGCUGCUCCACCACCCCCGCCAGCGGUACCAAAGUAUCUCGUCCUGUACGCCUUUGAUACGGAUCAGGAUGGAGAAAUGUCGCUGGCAAAGGAUGAAGAGGUGGAAGUGACGCAAAAGGAGGAGAAUGGUUGGUGGCUGGUCAAGAAGAAUGGCAUCGAGGGUUGGGCUCCUUCAAACUACCUCGAGCUGAUCAAGCAAGCUCCCAAGCCGAAAGUUGCACCGCCUCCGGCGCCGCCGUCUACGAAACGAGCGCCCCCGCCAGCUCCCGCGGCUUCUGGUGGUGAUGGUGCGAGUACGACUUUGGGCGGUUUUGGUGCACCCAAGCCGGUCACGACUGCUGCCAAACCCGCUUUCGCAAACGGUGCAGCAGCAGCAGCAGCAGCAGCACCCGCGCCCAAGCCCAAGCCCAAGCCCACGAGCAAUGUGGGAAGCAUGAAACGCUCAGAGAUGCCAACGGCUAUGACGGCAGAUGCGGGCGCAGCGCCAGUAGCAGUGAUGCCCGGCAUGGGCGCACCCGGAGGAUUCGCAGCCGUCUUGGCCAAAAAGAAGGCCGAGGCCGCAGCAGCGCGUGGUGAGGCGCCUUCAGCUACUGCAGCCGGUGGUGGCGGCAGUAGCGGCGGCGGCGGCGGCGGCGGCGUUGGAAAAGGUCCACCACCUGCACCUGGCGCAAAGCCAGGCAAACCUCCUGCUCCUCCCAAGCCUUCCGCUGCAGGAUCCGGUGGUGCGAGGUUGCCGCCGCCUCCGCCUCGCAGGCCGUAA